ACUCCUACUCUUCACCUUAUCAUGAAACGAGAAACGAAUGAUUCACAUUAGCCAACACUAGACGCCGCUAUACCUUCUACCUCUUCAUAAUCAUAAACCUCUUUCUUUCUUACACUCUUUCACUCACUCUCUUACUUCAAUUCUUCAUUUCAUCUGGGCGAUCGAUCCAAAGUGGUUAUUAAUAUGGCUUCGGAUGAGACCAUGAUGACCUUUCAUUCUUCAUUGCAAGAUGAAGACUUUGACGAUGAUGUUGAUGAUGGGUUUGAUCAUCAUCAUCAUCAUGAUCAUGAUCAUCAUCAACAACAACAACAUCCUCAUCCACACAACUUGUCCAGGCUUUCUGUUUGCACGAGUAGCACCGUUGGUGUUGAUGACGUGGACGACGAGGUUGAUAACCUGGUUUCGAUGUGCGUGUCGAUUCUGUCCAUAGAAAGUGAUGGAGACGCAGAUGGAGAGUUAUCAGAUGGGAAGGAGGUGGGAACAGGGUUAACCUCCGAGUCGGAAAACGAAAUGGGUAGUUGUUAUUCUUUGCCUUCAACGCCCCCAAGAAGGAGGAACGUGAAGGACUACGCUAGUGACAAUGAGGGUAGAAAGGGGAAUGAUCCAAGGAGGAGAAGAAUGAGAAGGGUGUUUGACUUUGACCGAGGGAAGAAGAAGAAUAAGAGAAAAGAUGAUGAUGGGUUUAGUGGGGAGAGUGAUCAGAGUGGUGGGGGUGGUAGCACAGGAACUGGGGUGAUGCUCAUAACAAGGCCUAAAGGGGGAAAGAGGUCUCUUUGCAUGGACUUGGAGGAAGUUAAGGCUUGUAGAGAUCUUGGCUUUGAGUUAGAACAUGAGCGUAUGUUGGAAAUGCCUUCUCAUCUCUCAUUCUCUAAUUCCACACUUGACACUAGCAGUGGUAGCAAUUCACCCAUCGCCAAUUGGCGUAUCUCUGCUCCUGGUGAUGAUCCGCGAGAUGUGAAGGCUAGGCUCAAAGUGUGGGCGCAAGCGGUAGCUCUAGCAUCUGCCUCAAAAUACGGCACAUGAACCUGAUUUUCCUCUAACUAGCACUCACUCACUCUUUUUGUGCGAUUGAGACAAUACGUAUAUAGUAUAUUAUAUUAUAAGCUUUUCUUCCCACUAUGAUUGGUUAUAUAAUUUUGUUUUAAAGGUUUAGAAUUUUCUUCAUGAAUUUUUCCCCUGGAGUGUUGGGGUUUCUGGUUGAAGCUCCUUUUUGAGUGAUGAUCACUUUUCUUGUGUACAGUGGUGUUUGAAUAAGAUGAAAAAGCAAUGAUAAGAGAAAACAAUGUGAAUAGGCAAUGAAAAUAUAUAGUAGAAAUGUCAAUGGAAAAAAGAAAAAAAAAAAGUGGAACAGUGGGAAUUUUGGAUUCAUGUAUAACAUGUUUGGUUAUGAUUUUAUUUGUCGCAAACUAUAAGGAAAACACGGCUAUAGACACGAUUUAUCGAAAGAUUUUU